AGCGCGGGAAAACGGCGGCGGGGGCGCCUUCCCGGCGUGCACCGCGCGGGGGAACUGGGAGAGACUGGGAGGGGAACUGGAAGGUCGCCGAUGGCCGAGCCCCGCCCGGGCCCUCCCAGUGCUCCCAGUGCCCCCCAGUGCUCCCAGUUCCCCCCUCCCAGUGCCCCCCAGUGCUCCCAGUUGCCCCCUCCCAGUCUGGAGGGACUCAUUCCCCCCUCCCACUUUGUGCUGCGCCCCAGGUCCCUGGGGGCGGAGCUUGAGGCAGAAAGGGGGCGUGUCCAUGAAUUGGAGGUGGAGCUGAAAGCACUGAAGGGGCAGAGCCAGCACCUGGGGGCGGAGCUUGAGGCAGAAAAGAGUCGGAGCCAUCGGCUGGAGGUGGAGCUUGAAGCAGAAAAGGGGCGGAGCCAACAGCUGGAGGCAGAACUUAAGACAGAAAGGGGGCGGAGCCAAGUGCUGAGGGUGGAACUCGAUGCCCUGAGGGGGCGUGGCCAGCGAUUGGAGGCAGAGCUGGAUGCAGAAAAGGGGCGGAGCCAAAUCCUGGAGAUGGAGCUGGAGACCCUCAGGGGGCGGGGCCUCGGCCCAGAGGGGGCGGAGCCAAGCCCAGAGCAGGUGCUGCUGGGCCGCUGGCGCCAGAAGGUUUUCCAGCUGCUGCUGCAGGUGAGCCUGCAACGGGGCCAGGAGCUGCGGCUGCAGGGACAGGUGCGCUCCCUGGGUGCUGCAGUGGCCGCCGGGUCCCGCCAGGUGUCGCUGUUGGAGCUGCGGCUGCGCCAGGGGGAGCAGGAGAGACAGGCCCUGUCCCAGGAGCGGCUCCGGGCGGAGGCGGCCGAGGAGGAACUGGGGAAACUGGGCCAGGCCCUGAGCCGGCUGUUGGGGACACUGGGCGUGGCCCUGGCCGAUGUCACCGUGGCCGUCGGGGCCCUGGGGACCCUCAGUGAGCGCCUGGGACGGGCCCAGCACCGACUGCAGGCGCUGGUGGCCUCGGGGUGGCUCCGGUGGCGGCGGAAACCGGAGGGGACAGCAGGGGACAGCAGCAUGGUGGCCCCGGAGGUGACAUCGGAGGCCACCAAGGGUGGGGACAGGACCCAGCCACGCCCAGGCACAGUGUCCCUGGCCCCGUUGGUGACGCAGCUCCAGGCCCUCGGUGCCGCCAUCCUCGGGGACAUCGGGGACCCCGCAGUGCCAGUGCCCCCAUGGGGACACCGGUGACAUCAUCGGGGACACAGGUGACAUCAUCAGGGAGCGGUGGCACUGCCAGCACAGAGAUGACAUCACUGUGGAGGUGGUGAUGUCACAAUGGUGAUGUUGAUGAUGUCACUAUGACGGUGAUGACAUCAUGGCUCUGCCCCAGCCCUGGCUCGGUGUCACUUUGUCCCCGCCCAGCCCCUGAUGUCCCCAAAGCUGCCACAACCAUCCCAGAGGGUCCCCAGAGAGUCCCUGAUGUCCCCAAGGAGCUUCUUUGGUGUCCCCAACCCCCCCCAAUGGCCUCCUGGUGUCCCCAUAUGUCCCAGGAAUGUCCCCAAUUCACCCAAGAUGUCCCGAGGUGUCCCCAACCCCUCCCAGUGUCCCCAAGAGCCCCCUAAGUGUCCCCAAAGGUGGACAUGGUAACAGAAGUUCCCAUGGCAACAGAAGUCCCGCCCAUCCUGUGCUGCCAUUGGCUGCUGUGCUCAGGACUGAGAGUGCUGAUUGGCUUGGUUGGGAGGGGGCGGGGCUAAACACAAAACCAGGCCCAAACCAGUACAGACUGAACUGGGAACUGGGAUCAACUGGGAACUGGGCCUGAACCAGUACAGACUGAACUAGGAGUGAUCCCAAACCAGUACAGGGGCUAAACUGGGAAGUGGGAUGAGCUGGGACCAGUGCCUGAACUGGGACCAGAACCCCAGACUGGUCCGGGAGCCACAGUGAUCACUCACAGACCCAGCACUGCUUCUGGUUUGUACUGGUUCAUACUGGUCCAUAUUCCUCCAUAGUGAUUUAUGCUGGUUUGUACUGGUUUGUACUGUUUCAUAAUGGUCCAUACCGGUCACUGGCCAUACUCCAGCCCCCCUGUGUGUUUCCUGUGCUCUCCCAGUGGUGUCUGAACUGCAAGUGUGGGGGACAGUGGCCACAGCCUGAGGGUCAGUGGGAACGGCCACAGGGGAAUGGCCACGGCCUGAGGGUCAGCAGGAAUGGCCACAGGGGAGUGGCCACAGCCUGAGGGUCAGUGGGAACGGCCACAGGGGAACAGCCACAGCCUGAGGGUCAGCAGGAAUGGCCGCAGGAGAAUGGCUGUGGCCCGAGGGUCAGCCAGAACGGCCGCAGGAGAAUGGCCGCAGCCUGAGGGUCAGCAGGAACGGCCACAGGAGAAUGGCCGCAGCCUGAGGGUCAGUGGCCUCAGGGGAAUGGCCAUAGCCCGGGCUCAGCCAGACGCGCCGCUCGCCCUUGGGCCGUUGCCACCGAGCGCUUCCCGUGGUCCUGGCGGUGCCCGGCCUCACCGGCGUGUGGGCCGUGCGGCCACUGCGGCACAGGAGCUCGUGGCCGUUCUGGUCCACCAGUGUCCAGCUGGGCAGCAGCGGGUUGGUCAGCAGGGGGAUGUCCAGUGUGGUCACUGUGGUGGUGGCUGGCUUGGGUUUGACAUUGAAGAUGGCGGGCAGGUCCAGCAGCAUGGCCAGAGUGGCGGCGGUGUUGUCUGGCAUGAUCCACGCAAUGCCUUUGUCAUUGUCAUAGUUGUCAUCGUUGUCACCGUCAUCAUUGUUAUCAUCACCAUCCUCCAUGUGGAUCUUGAUCUCCUGGGAUGGCAGAGACGGGGAUGUGGCAGUGGCCAUGCAGAGCUGGAGGAGCUCCAUGGUGGUGGCCUGGGUGGCCCAGGAGGAGGAGGAGGAGAAGGAAGGGUCAUUGUUACCAUGGAUUGUCACAAUGUCGGCGUGGAUUGUCACAUUGUCACCAUGGAUUGUUCUUUCCCCACCUUGGAUAGUCCUAAUGUCACCAUGAAUGGUCCCGUGCCCACCAUGGAUGGUCCUAAUGUCACCAUGGAGGGUCUCGAUGUCACCAUGGAUGGUCCUGAUGUCAUCAUGGAUUGUCCCGUCCCCAACGUGGGUGGUGCUAAUGUCACCAUGGAUUGUCCCCUCACUGCCGUGGGAACCCCAUGGUGACAAUGACGAUGACAAGGGUCCUUCUCCUCUGCGGUUGAGCCACAGGGCUCAACAGAGGGUCCAUGAGGAGGAGGAUGAAGAUCUUUCUCCACUGUGGUUGGCACGCAAUGACCCACUGAGACCAUGGGUGGUGUGUGACAAUGACAACAGAGACUCUUCCCUACCAUGGACUGCCCCUGAUGACAAUGGAGACCCUUCAUGACCGUGGUUGGCCUUUGAUGACUAUGGAAAUCCUUCAUGGCCAUGGUUGGCUUGUGAUGAUGAUGACAAUAAAGGCAAAGACUGCGGAUGGACUCAUCUCCAUCAUGGACAUUCCACAACGUUAAUGACCCUUCAGGAAGAUGAAUGGUCUUUGAUGAUAAUGAUAAAGACCCUUCACAACCACAGUGAUGAUGAUGAUGAGAAAGGCAAAGACCUAUCCAGACCAUGGAUGGCACUUGAAGAUCAGGGAUGGACCCGUCAUGGUCAUGGAUAACCUUUGAUGAUGACAAUGACAGUGAAGACCCAUCAAGGCCACGGAUGGACUCACAACCAUCACAGAUGUUCCGCAAUGAUGAUGACCCAUCAAUGAUGAUGACCACGGAUGUUCCUUUACAUGGUCCCAUCAUGACCAUGAAUGUUCUGUGACAGUGCUGAUGACAAUGACGAUGACCCAUCAUGACCAUGAACAUUCCGUGAUGAUGACGGUGCCCCACCACGACCCUGCUGGUCCCAUCCCCCUCCAGCUCCUGCAGGAUCUGUCAGCAUGGCUCCACCACAUGCCCCAUUUGCAGCACACUGGCCACCCACAAAGCCCAGCUAGAACCCUCCAGGACCCCCCAAAUCCUCCCUGGGAUUUUCCAAAACCCCUUCUAGAACCUUCCAGGACCCCUCGGGAGCCCCCAAACCCCUUCCAGGACCCCUCAAGGCCCUCCAGGUCCUUCCAGAUCCUCUCCAGGAAUUGCCAGAACCCCCAAACCCUCUUGGGACCGCUCAAAUCCUCCCCAGGACCCCCAACACCCUCCCUCUGAGGCCCUUUUUUUGUAAUGCCUCAAAUUGGGAUUAAAAGUUGACUCUCCAGGAAGUUCCUGGGUUUUUGCUGGAAAACCAGGAAUUUGCUGGAAAAUCAAUGUUUAAUCCAAUCUGAAGCAUUAAAAUACAGGAAUUUCCAGGAAAAUAAACUUUUAAUGCCAAUUUGGGGCAUUAAAAACUGAGAAUUCCUUGGAAAAAUCAACGUUUUAUCCCAGUUUGGGGCAUCUGGGGGAUCUUGGGUCCAGUUUUUGUGGAUUUCCAUGGAAUUCCCAGUAUUUUAGGGGUUUCCAGGGAAUUCCAGGGAUUUUGGGGUCCUGGUCCCAUUUUUUGGGGAUUCCCAUGGAAUUCCCUGGAUUUUGGUGGGGGGGUGUCCAUCCCAUUUUUGGAGUAUACCCCCCCUCUUCCCCUCCCCCCCAAUCCAUUUCAGUUUCGAGUCUCAGACCUCGCCACUGGCUUGGCCACGCCCCUUUCUUCAGCCUGACCAAUCAGAGCUUUGGGCGGGGCGUAGGGGACACGGCCCGUCUGGGGGUGUGAAUAAGGUCCCAGAAGGAGAUUGGGGUCCUGGAAGGGGAAAUGUGCCCUUGAGAGUGGGGGGCUCAGAGUCCUGGCAGGGGAAAUGAAGGUCCUGGGGGGGUAAAUGGGGUCCUGGCUGGGUAAAUGAGGGUUCUGAAGCGUUCAUUGGGGUCCUACAGACGGAAUUGAGGACCCUCAUUUAACCUGCCAGGACCCCAGUUCACCCCUUCAAAACCCCAUUUCCCCUUCCAGGACCCCAUUUGUCCCCAUCACUAUGGAAACAGCACCCAUGAGUGACCAGGGCUUGCUGGGUUGGUCCCUGUCCCCAGAUAUCCCCAGUGAUGUCACCCCAGGAAUUCCCAUCAGUAUUUGGGACAAUUUUAAUGAAAAU